AUGAAAGGCCUAUUGCCGCCAGAGGGACGGGGCGGAGGGGAGCGUGUGAUGAGGGAAGGCUGCAACCGCAGCGACGCCGUGGGCCUUAAGCUGGAGCUGGCGCAGACGCAGGAGCUGGCCUCCAAGCGGGUGGACAUCCAGAACAAGCGCUUCUACCUGGACGUGAAGCAGAACGCCAAGGGCCGCUUCCUGAAGAUCGCUGAGGUGGGCGCGGGCGGCAACAAGAGCCGCCUCACUCUCUCCAUGUCAGUGGCCGUGGAGUUCCGCGACUACCUGGGAGACUUCAUCGAGCACUACGCGCAGCUGGGCCCCAGCCAGCCGCCCGACCUGGCCCAGGCACAGGACGAGCCGCGCCGGGCACUCAAGAGCGAGUUCCUGGUGCGCGAGAACCGCAAGUACUACAUGGAUCUCAAGGAGAACCAGCGCGGCCGCUUCCUGCGCAUCCGCCAGACGGUCAACCGGGGGCCCGGCCUGGGCUCCACGCAGGGCCAGACCAUUGCGCUGCCCGCGCAGGGGCUCAUCGAGUUCCGUGACGCUCUGGCCAAGCUCAUCGACGACUACGGAGUGGAGGAGGAGCCGGCCGAGCUGCCCGAGGGCACCUCCUUGACUGUGGACAACAAGCGCUUCUUCUUCGAUGUGGGCUCUAACAAGUACGGCGUGUUUAUGCGAGUGAGUGAGGUGAAGCCCACCUACCGCAACUCCAUCACCGUGCCCUACAAGGUGUGGGCCAAGUUCGGACACACCUUCUGCAAAUACUCCGAGGAGAUGAAGAAGAUUCAGGAGAAGCAGAGGGAGAAGCGGGCUGCCUGUGAGCAGCUCCACCAGCAGCAGCAGCAGCAGCAGGAGGAGACCGCCGCUGCCACUCUGCUACUGCAGGGUGAAGAAGAAGGGGAAGAAGAUUGAUCAAACUGAAUGGAAAAAAACCCUACACACAUGCACACACACACACACACACACACACACAGCCACACACAGAAAAUAUACUGUAAAGAAAGAGAUAAAAAUAAAAGUUAAAAAGUAAAAAAAAAAAAGAAAAAAAAGAAAAAAAGAAAUAACUGUAAACUCCAAGGGAGCACCACCCACAGAACCUCCACCAACUGACAGUUUCUCUUCUUGACUUGCCACCCAUCGCUGGAUGUUGUCCACUUUAUCCACCAUAUAAAACAGUAAGCAGCUGCUAAAAACAAAAAACAAAAAAAAAUACAAAAAGUAAUAACAUUAUAUGAACUGUGUUUCCUACUUGAUUAAAAAAUAUAAAGAACUGAGUGUUUAUUUCCCUAAUUAACCAAGAACUUUUGUACACGUUUAAGCUAUUAUUAUUAAAAGUGUUUGCAAAAUGGUCAAGAUUAUAAUAUUGCUGAAUUAUAUAAAAGUCCUUUUCAUGUUGAGCUAACAUUUGACUUUAGCACAAAAAAGAGAUAUUUUAGAACACGUAAAAUAAUAUUUUUAGUUUUUCUCAUUUUGUUACCAAAUUUCAAACCUUACAUGGAGGUUAUUAUAGUAUAUUUGACACCCUAUAUACCUGUGAUUAGAGAUAUGUAUAUAUAUGAGGGCUAGGCAUGCUGUGUGUCUGAGCUUUGUCUAAAUGUUAUGCAGAAGUUUGUAGAGUUAAAGGUACGUAGGUUUAAUUCAUGCAAGGUAAACAAUAAGUGCUCUCUUUUAUACAAUAUGCAUUGCAUCUGGACCUUAAACAUAAAAAUGGUCAGUGAAACUUCUGUGAACAUGAAGAAAUUAUUAAAAAAGGCAUUUAAAUGAAAUUUGCUAAGUUGUGAUUUUUAUGGUUGGAACCAAAGUUAUUCAAAUAGUAAAAGGAAAAAGAGAAAGAAAGAAAAAGGAAAUCUCCCAUAUUUUUCUGCAUCUGUUUGCUUUAACUGAGUAGGCGUUUUGUUAUUGUGUAUAUGAGAUGUACUUGUAUUGUUCAUAAUAUAUUUUUUUUAUUAUAUGUAGAAAGAUUUUAAAAACUUAACUAACGUGCAGCAAUUUCCAGUGAACCUGUACUUGGACUUCAGGUAGUGAGUCUAUUUGUGGUCACUAGCACUGUCUCCUAAACUUGUAAGAGGUCUGAAGCUAUCCUUUGAUUUUUGCCAGUGCUAUUAACUUAUGUAGACCUGUUAAAAAGCAGAGCAACACAAUUAUAGUUAUCCUACUGAGCCAUGGAUUUUGAGUUUCGUUUUUAAAGUGAAAGCCAAGUUGGUGUAUGUAAAGGAUUUCCAUGUAGCUGUGGUGCUAGUUAUUACUGGCUACAUUAUAUGCUAAGUGUAUUUGUGUUCCCCAAGUGUACAAGCCUUUUUAUCAAAGUAUGUUCUAUAACUCAUAUAUUCAAAGUGUAGGGUAUGAAAAUGCAAAGCUUAGGAGAGCACUUUACCAAGCUAGUGUCCUCCAAACUGAAAUUGUUUGUAAUGGUAGUCUUUCACAGGUUUUCAUUUAAAGAUGUUUGUGUGCUUUUAAUUGACAACUAACUUCUUGCUGCUGUAUAGUAAAAUAUUAAUAUAUUUUUAUCAUUAAACUGCUGCAUGACUAUCAUCUUUGAGUGAAGAGAAAAUGUUAUAAAAAAAAGAUGCCUUAAACAGUACAUUUUGAUUUUUGAUUUGGAAUUGUGUAGAAAGUAUUUUGGUAAAAAAAAAAACAAAAAAAAAAAAGGAUCUCAGAUCUUGUCUGACAGAGAGUUCUGGGGAUGGAAUUGUUUCUUGGCAAAUCCAGCCAUAUAGAUCUAACUGCUGUAUGUAGAAAACACCACCUGUAGGAGCGGGAAGGUAUCAGUGCUUCUCACAUUGUAAAGCAUUUGGCCUAGGAAGGCGAAACAGUUGUCUUUUUGAAGGAUUUUUUUUCUGCUGGUUCUUUGAGUUUUGAUUUGAUAUUUUUAAGCUCCCUGGUUGAGAGUGUUGUCUUUGUUUUUGAGAUCUACUGUAUGUGUUGAAUAACAAGCUAUUUUCAUUGUACUGUGCAUUUUCCCAUUAAAUUGUUUGCUUUUAAUAUUCAUACAAUGUUAAAUAUGAGGUGACCGUACAGUAGUUAGGAGUUUCUUUACUUGCAAAAAUCACUGGAAAUGAUUAAAUUGCUUUUCCCCUUCCCCCAAGGUGCAUUUUUCUUAUUUCCAUAUAGUAAAGUUGAGCUUUUACAGUGCAUAAUGUGACAUUUGGAAUGCUUAUCAACUGCAUGUAAACAUUAAUAACCUGCACUUUUUUUGUCUUAAGGUUUGUUGAGCUGUUUUGUUCACUGUACUUUAACUGUGAUAUGGAAAAGAUUGCAUUCUCUGUGCUGUUACUAAUUAGGAAAGAGAAUUGCUUUGAUUUUGUCUCUUGUUUACUAUAGCUUCUUAAAAGGUAGGCCUUGUACUACAGGUUGUUGGAGUACUCUUAGAUCAGUGUUUCAUGGUAGCCAGCAAUAAGUAGUGCAAGUCAACAAAAACACAGCAAACUUAGGCAAAGUGUCCUUUCUUUGAGAUGCAAGUUCUUUCCUGAGGUUUUCUUUAGGGUCAGUUACCUAAAGCGAAGCCUUUCUUACCUAUAGACGUCAGAUUCUGUUUGGAAUCCUACCGGAUCAAGAAGCACAUGUAUUGUGCAGUUGUCUUUACACUCUUAACAGUUAAACACAAUCUUACCAGGAUUUUGAAACUAUUGUCUGAUUUAUGGUCAGUGGAUUUAAAAAGAAAUCCACAUACAGAUCUUUUAAGACUUAAGAAGUGAUCAUAGAAAAAGACUUAGGUGACUGUAAAGAUGCUCUUUUUUUUUUUUUUAAGCAUCUCACUUUACCUCCCCAAACACCCUCCCAACCUUCUCCCCUCUCCUGUUUCAUCCUGCCCCUACCUUCCCCCUCCCAGGUGCUCAGUACUUUACCAAGGUUCUAUUAUUCAGUGUUUUAUGUUGGAAUUUCUUGUUUUUAUUUUACUAGUUGGUAAACCCUGUUUGUGCUGAAAAAAAGAAUGGUAUAUUUGACCAUAUGUGUUAUUCAUAGAAGACAGUAUGAUCAAAUGUGCCAAAAAUAAGCAAACAAAGCUUAAUUCCUGACAAGUAUGCCUUAUUUUUAUUGAUCUCUUUGUCUUAUAAUUAAGGUCCAAAAGCUUGGUUAAACUGUUAUUUGCCUAAGUAAAAAAAGAAAACUUGAAAUGCAUUGCAAUAUUGACGUUCUUUAAAAUGAGAGACACUGUCAAGUAAUUUAAUCCAGAGAUCAACCACCAGAUUUGAAAUGCUUGUGUGUGUGUGUGUGUGUGUGUGUGUGUGUGUGUGUGUGUAUGUGUGUGUGUGUGUGUGUGUGUGUGUGUGUGUGUGUAUCUUUGAGAUCCAACUUCCACCCUGAGAUAGUCUGAUUUUAGAGUGUUGUUCUGUUUUCACUUAGUCAGUGAGUCUUACUGGUUACAUGCUUAUAAAGGUGAAGUGGGUUGCAAGUGGCAGUUCCCUCUUUUCAUGUAGUUUUCUAUAAUGUUCAUAUAGUUUUCUCAUGGUUUAUAUAAUAGAACUAGUAUUGAAAUAGUUAUAUUAAAUGUCUCUUUCUCUUUAGAAUACAGGAUUGGUUUACUUUUUGAAGGGAAAGGGCAGCAAGGGAUGAGACUAUUUUAACCAGAGCUAGUCUUAUAACCUCAAAGAUGUGCUCUAGAAAGAACAAAAAGUGUACCUGUGAGCAUAAUUUUUGUCUCAGUGAGAUUGCGCAACUCCAUAUUCAGAACUGCAAAAAAAAAAAAA